AUGACUAUCCGGGAAAACAAUAUCAUCUUGAUAAAUUCAAAAGGGCAGCUGAUUGAUAACAAGGGCGAAGAGGAUCCUAAACAACUACCGUUCAAGCUUCCCUCAGAAAUACCUGGAUUACCAGACAAUUGUGGAGGCACACUUUGCUUAAAGGACGUUACAUUUGCCUUUGUCUCACGAAAGUCAAGGUUACUUAUACGAAAACCUUAUUUACAGCUAAUCGAAGUACUUGAGGAUGAUCGUGCUAAUGAGGGUAAAGCUGAACAUGGUUGCGCUAUUGUUGGCACAGCUGGUAUAGGCAAAACCUACUUUGGAUUAUAUUUUCUCUUUUAUAUCACCCGUCAUUAUCCCGAUUCUGACAUUGUUUGGCAAAAUCCAUGCAAAUGCCUCUUAUUUUCACCAAAUCAUCCAGCACAAAAAGGAAAAAUUGAUGAUUUUGAAAAUUAA